UCAGACGCGGUGGCCGCCGCGCGCCUGCGGGGAGCUGCUGACCCGCUCGGCGAGCCCGUGUCCCGCACGCACCGCCGCCAUGGCCACAAAGGACCCGACGGCUGUGGAGAGAGCCAACCUGUUAAACAUGGCCAAGCUCAGCAUCAAGGGGCUCAUCGAGUCCGCCCUGAGCUUUGGCCGCACCCUGGACUCCGACUACCCUCCUCUGCAGCAGUUCUUCGUGGUGAUGGAGCACUGUCUGAAGCACGGCCUGAAAGUGAGAAAAUCAUUUUUGAGUUAUAACAAAACAAUUUGGGGCCCUCUGGAACUGGUGGAGAAGCUGUACCCAGAAGCAGAGGAAAUCGGAGCCAGUGUCCGGGAUUUGCCUGGUCUAAAGACCCCCCUUGGCCGUGCUAGAGCGUGGCUCCGAUUAGCCCUCAUGCAGAAAAAAAUGGCCGAUUACUUGCGCUGUUUAAUUAUCCAGAGGGAGCUCCUAAGCGAGUUCUAUGAGUACCACGCACUGAUGAUGGAGGAGGAGGGGGCUGUGAUUGUCGGGCUGCUGGUCGGCCUGAACGUGAUCGAUGCCAAUCUGUGUGUGAAGGGAGAGGACCUAGACUCCCAGGUUGGAGUGAUUGAUUUCUCAAUGUAUUUAAAGAAUGAAGAAGAGAUCGGAAACAAAGAAAGGAAUGUUCAAAUUGCCGCCAUCUUAGACCAAAAGAAUUAUGUUGAAGAACUGAACAGACAACUCAACAGCACAGUCAGCAGCCUCCACUCAAGAGUGGACUCGUUAGAAAAGUCCAACACUAAGCUGAUCGAAGAGCUAGCAAUAGCAAAGAAUAAUAUCAUCAAGCUCCAAGAGGAAAACCAUCAGCUGCGGAGUGAAAAUGAGUUGAUCUUAAUGAGGACUCGGCAGCACCUGGAGGUUACCAAAGUAGAUGUAGAAACGGAGCUUCAAACAUACAAGCAUUCCCGGCAGGGUCUAGACGAGAUGUAUAACGAGGCCAGAAGGCAGCUUCGAGACGAGUCGCAGCUCCGACAGGAUGUGGAGAAUGAGCUGUCAGUCCAAGUUGGCAUGAAGCACGAGAUCGAGCUGGCUAUGAAGCUGUUGGAGAAAGAUAUUCACGAGAAACAAGACACUCUGAUAGGCCUUCGGCAGCAGCUGGAAGAAGUGAAAGCCAUCAACAUUGAGAUGUACCAGAAGCUGCAGGGCUCUGAAGAUGUCUUGAAAGAAAAAAAUGAAAUAAUUGCCCGACUAGAAGAAAAGACCAAUAAAAUCACUACAGCCAUGAGGCAGCUGGAGCAAAGAUUGCAGCAAGCAGAGAAGGCGCAAAAGGAAGCUGAAGCUGAGGAUGAGAAAUGUGCCCAAGAGCGCCUGAGCAAAUCCGACAGUCUGCAGAGACAGAUCUCGCAGAAGGAGCAGCAGCUGGUACAGCUGGAGACGGACUUGAAGAUUGAGAAGGAAUGGAAGCAGACUUUGCAAGAAGAUCUUCAAAAGGAAAAAGAUGUCCAAUCUCAUCUUAGACGUGAAACCCAAAAAGUUCUAAGUCUUAAAAAAGAGUUUCUUAACCUCCAGGAUGAAAAUCAGCAGUUGAAAAGAAUUUAUCACGAACAAGAACAGGCUCUGCAAGAACUUGGCAGCAAACUCUGCGAAUCUAAACUUAAAAUAGACGAUAUAAAAGAAGCCAACAAAGCAUUACAGGGACUGGUCUGGCUAAAAGACAAAGAUGCAACCCACUGCAAGCUUUGUGAGAAGGAAUUUUCACUCUCCAAAAGAAAGCACCACUGUAGAAACUGUGGGGAAAUCUUCUGUAAUGCCUGCUCUGACAACGAGCUGCCUUUGCCUUCUUCACCAAAGCCAGUGCGAGUCUGUGAUUCCUGUCACGCAAUGCUUAUUCAGAGAUGUUCCUCUAAUGUGCCAUGACACGGGAACUCAAUCCUGCACAGAAGCACCUGCAGUGAGAGCUGUGUACAGCAGUGCCAAGUCAGUACUGCACCUCGUCUCCAGCCAACACACAGGUGUCUAAAUUAUAUGGGUUAGUAUUCCGUUCCUGUACUUAAUCAGAUUUUAAUAUAGCAUGUUUUAUCACUACUUCAACAAUCAAGUAACCUUUAACAAAGGUCAGAUAAGCAGAGCUAAUGCACAUUUGCCUUACCUUUUAGAGGCCUUCUUGAGAACAAGGCCAUAGCUUAUUUGCUUCUGAACAGUUGAGUUGGCACUUGAAGGUGCCUAUAUAUCUCUUAAUGCACUUUAAAAGCAUCACAAUUCUCAGAGAAAAACUGGAAAUGCAUUCACUUUAUGUUAUCUGCCGAUUUAACAUUGUUUUUCUUAGUGGUAAUCCACACCUUUAAUCCUAGCACUUAGGAUGCAGAGGCAGGUGGAUCUCAGUUUGGCAAGGCCAGCCUGGUAGACAAAGUGAGUUCCAGGACAGCCAGGGCUACACAGAGAAACCCUGUCUUAAAUGAAAGAAAGGAAAGACAGACACAGACUGAAUCAAAGUUGUUUAUUUUUUUCCAUGAACCCUCUUGCCUCAGCUCUGAAGUGCUGGGACAUAGGUGUGCGCUUCCAUUGUCACUGUCAAGGAAGAUGCUAAUUUAGUUGUAUUUAUUUGUUUGAUCUUCUCCCUUAUCCUACCCUUUCCUUUACUUGCCCUGGGCUAGAGUGGAUUAAGGGACCAGUGAUUUGGCCUCUAGCUUUUCCUUCACUUUUUAAGGGAAGUUUAUAACCAUCCUUAUCACAGAUGCUAAUUUUUAUAAAGGGUCAGAUUCCAAAGGAGAAAACAUCCCUUCCCAGGGAACAGGGGAACCAAGUGAGACCACUAGCCUUUAAAGAUUGAUUCUAAGCAUUAAAAACAAGAGCAUUUAAAACUUUGCCUUUGCUAUGAAAGUUUCUCCACCCUCAGUUCUCUUAAGUAUAGCUUCUAGGAAGCAUUACAAACAAUAGAAUUUCUCCCUAUGUACAUAUCGACCUUAGAUAGUGGCUCCUUUUUUCAAGCAGGGGGUGGGGGGAGCAUUAAGAUACCAUUUAGCGAUUUAAUGUAUUAAUUUCUUGUAUGUUAAGUCUGUCAGGCUAUUGUUAUAGCCUGUCAAGCCCUAGCGACUCUACACUCCCAACAGCACCAUGCAGUGACUGGGCAUUUCUCUGAUCCCCUUUCUGCAGGAUCUUUUUUCAUUUGCUGCAUUUCAGUACGUUUUUAUUAAUUUACAAAAUUACAAAACCAGUAUUUACCAGCUUUUGUGCUCAACUUAAGUUUGUUCUGACAGAAUUCUAGAUAUCUCUUCUUUUGGAGAUAGGGAAACCCCAUGUAGGCCUCCAAUCUGGUGUGCCGCAGGGGAAGACCUUGAAUUGCCCCUCUGGCCUCCACAGCUCCCAGCAGCUGAGACCACAGCUGUCUGGUGUUUGUCUGUGGUGCUGGGGAUUGAACCCUUGACUUUGUGCACACUGACCAGGUCUCUACCGAGUUGCUCCCCCACCCCCAGAUGUCAUUUGUUGAGCAUGGACAGAGAUGGCUGUGAGACAAUUCAGCUAGGAGAAAUAAGGCAGGAAGGGAGGACUACCAUGAGCUUCAAGAGCAGCUUGCUUGGUGCAUCCUAUGCUACACACGGAGAAAGCACGGCUCAAACAUUAGAAAAAGUUAUAUUCUUGAACCACUUUCUGAUGGGGAUUACUAACAUUUUUCUUUUUCUUUUUUGACUGUUGAAAGUGAGCGUAAAUGAAAAACUUCAAAUACUUUACUCUGUGCUAUUUAUUACCACUCAAAGUUUGUGUCAUAAACAUGGGCCUUUUCUGGAACAGCAUUAACUACCCCCCACCCACCCCCCAGCUUCUGGGAUAAGAGUAUAGAUAGCUCAGUGGUAGGAUGUUUGCUUACUGUGCCUGUUAAGGGCCUGGACUCUCUCAGCACUACCAUCAAAAACAAAAGAACCCCACCCAGGUUUAGGAUAUCCUAUUUAUUACAAGACAUUCAUAAUUCUUGUUUUGCAGAAAACUUCUGUCAUUCCCUUACUUACCUAGCCAAUACUACCACAAAGAUGUGAACAUGGUGCCAAGGAAUUGCAAUUGUAAUUCUGAUCUGUAAUGUUUUUAAAAUAAAUGUAAAUUUUAUAAAACUAUCUAAGAAA